CCUGGGUGGCGGCGUGCAGAGGAGGUGACCCGCGACAGGAGGCUCCCAGUGUCCCGCAACCAUGACGGACCAGCAGGCUGAGGCCCGGUCCUACCUCAGCGAGGAGAUGAUCGCUGAGUUCAAGGCCGCCUUCGACAUGUUCGACGCUGAUGGCGGCGGUGACAUCAGCGUCAAGGAGUUGGGAACCGUCAUGAGGAUGCUGGGUCAGACGCCCACCAAGGAAGAGCUGGACGCCAUCAUCGAGGAGGUGGACGAGGAUGGCAGCGGCACCAUCGACUUCGAAGAGUUCUUGGUCAUGAUGGUGCGCCAGAUGAAAGAGGACGCCAAGGGCAAGAGCGAGGAGGAGCUGGCUGAGUGUUUCCGCAUCUUCGACAGGAACGCAGACGGCUACAUCGACGCCGAGGAACUGGCUGAGAUUUUUAGGGCGUCCGGGGAGCAUGUGACUGACGAGGAGAUCGAGUCUCUCAUGAAGGACGGGGACAAGAACAACGAUGGCCGCAUUGAUUUUGACGAGUUCCUGAAGAUGAUGGAGGGCGUGCAGUAAGAAGCCGAUAUCCGCAUCCUGCCUGGGAGGCGCGGCCCCUGCAGGCUGUGUCUACAAUAAAAGCAAAAAUUGCAAA